AUGUCAAAAGCCCCUCAGAUGCCUUCAGAGGUCAAUAUCCUCAAAACCAAAGCUGCCAAUAAGAAAGGACCUGGAUCACUGGAUGUAGAGACCGUAUGGCCCAAACCGGAAUUUGGUCCAAGUACGACGAUAGACAAUAUAACGAAAGAAGGUAAAACAGUGACUGAAUUUAUCGUUCCCGCUGGAUCGAUGUUUACCUUGGGUGCUGCUUUACCAAAUCAUACAGUAUUGAAAUGGGGUGCAUAUUUCCCUCCUGGUACGAUGUUUCCAGAUGGUGUGUUAGUACCCAUACACGCAAGGAUGGUUUCCGUCCAACCUCUUAAAACAGUAGUACCACCCCCAGCACCGUCAGAACCAGUGUGUAUCAUCAUGUAG